UGGCAUUUAUUGCAUAAUAGCCACUGGAAAAUUCCGUAGCAGCUUAGCACUUUAUAAAAGCUCAUGUGUGAGCUGAUUUACGGCACUGAAGAUCAAGCAAGUUCUCAGCAGCAAUACCAAUAUGUUGAAAAUUAAUCUACUUUUUGCUUUUGUUUGCCUUUUUGUGGCUAUUCAGGCUCAAACUCCAAGGCCAGCGGAUCGGGAAAUUUGCCGAAUUGAAAACGAAAAAUGCAAACGGAAUGAAAGAAGAUUGGGAAGGGACAAUGAUAUUUCCAACAUCUUCAAUGAGCACUGCCGCCGGUCAGGCAUUACAAACUGGCGUAGUGUCAGUCGUUGCGAACUGUCUCUGGCAACUUGUAGAUUGACACUGGAGCGUUGUUCCACCAUAAGCUGUGAGAAUGUGAGAAGGAGUCUUAGUGCUGGCGGUCCUCCCACUCCAAGAACAACAACACCAACGCCUGCAAUUCCUGACACUCGAGGUCCUCGUCGAACUACCACUCGUAGGACUCCAACUCCUGCUACUCGGCGAACUACCACUCGUAGGACUCCAACUCCUGCUACUCGCCGUACAACUACUCGCCGAACGACCACUCGCAGAGGUAACACUCGUCGAACUACUACCACUCGUAGGACUCGUACAACCACUCGCCAACCAUCCGAAGACUAA